GGCGCACCGACUUCGAUCGCGCACUCAGCUACUUCAAUUCUAUCCAGACUAGAUACAUUGUCUGGCACUGUCGUUGGGGCCACCAUCUUACCAUUGAGGUCACUCUUCAUCCUGCCUCCUCAAACGUCCGAUUCCUCCCAGGCUACGAAGACAUGUCCUCUGACAAUACCCUCGAGUCCCUAGCAGCAGAGACGGAUGGGACCAACCUGUACGGGACCAUCGACAAGAUGAAUGUGCACGGGCUCAACCUCACGGUCCCGGAGGACGCGCAAGCGAUCAUCAAGCCCUGGGACGAGCGCAACGACACCUCCCGGUGGGCCGAGUCCGGGGUCGAUGAUCAGUUCAUCAUACAUGUACCGUUCACCCAGAACGUGCGCGUGAAGUCUGUGCUCAUGAAGCUUGGCAGGGGUGAGGUAGCGCCGCGCCGCAUGCGCAUAUACGCGAACCACGCUACGAUCGUCGACUUUGCUGCGGCCGAGGAUAUCACGCCGCACCUAAAUAUCAGUCUUCUGCAAGACGACACGGGCGUGACGGAAUACCCGCUGCGGAGUGCUGCAUUUACCAACGUGCAUGCGCUCUCCUUGUUCUUUAGCGAGUCCGUCGGUGGUGAUUCGUCGUCGGUCUACUACUUGGGGUUCCGGGGAGACAGUCGCUCGCAGCGAAGAGACGCGAGUCAGAAACUCGCCAUACCUGCGGAGACGGCCGCGCGUGCUCCGCUGGUCGACAAGGUGACCCAGAAGGCAGGCGCACAGCAGCCCACCGCUCGAUAGCCGUAUAGGAGCAACUGCAUGUUGAAUCGGGGACUACAGUUGACGAAACGUGUUGCUUCAGGAGUUGUACUCAUACAUAUUGCAUUGCCAGGGUCUCAUGAUUCAGGCCGAAUCGCUAGCAGACCGGGUCUCAACGCUGUCCUGAGAUAAGUUAGCAUGUCUGGAUGCACGCAGUAAUGUCAUCGUAACCGUCCUAAUUUCGAACGCUGA